AGCAGCACUCAUGCUACAAGAGAUCCUUGUAAUCCAGUGGAAGGCUUAACUCCUUUGUCAGGGUCAGGCAGAAAGAUAGAGGAGACAAGCACAGGCCCUUUCAAACAAAGCACAUGCCAUAUGAGAUUGUUGCACCCCUGUCCUCAGGGAUCUGUGUCCACAGGACAUAGGGAGGUUCGGUUUCCAUCUCAUUCAGCCCUUGUGCUCUCCCAGCUACAGAACGUCAGGGGAGAGUGGCACCAGGUUUAAGGACGAGUCUAUCCCAAACAGCUGGAACAAUUUAUACCUAUUGGACAGCUACUCUUCCAGGAAUGUAGCUGUGCAGCAGCUGUGCAUCACAGAUGCUGCUGUUCAAGGAGUGAGGUGAAACUCAGUAAUAUUUAUAUCAGUGGCAUUGCAAUGUUUUGUCUUUGCCUUUCAUACCUGUCACACUGGUGAUGAGUUCAGCAACAGGAGCARUAGCAAAAGAAAAAAAGAUACAAGCCAUUAAAUGUCAUGGAACAACCUUGGGACAGCAGCUUUCAUAUUUCUGGGAAAAAAAUCCUCCACCUAAAUCAUGAAAGGGUAGGUUACUGAGAACAGACUUGAAUCUAUUGCAAGAAAAAGAAAUGCAGAGUACCCUGCAAGCAUCUUUCCAUUAUUUCAUCCCAAACAUCAAGCUGGUUUGCUUUUUAGCACAGGAAGCACAUCAUCUGGCCAGGCAUGGAGAACACAGAGCACACGAUGGAUGAAAUGGGAACAGCACCAGCAGYCAACCCUUUACAAGGCAGGCAGGGCUCGGGACAGAAACAUGCUGCAGGAAAGGAGGAAUUCUGGAGGUGGUGCUUGCUACCAGGCAGCCAGGGAUCGAGAGGCUCUGCCAGGCUGCCAAGCACUCAAGUGUGUGAAGUUAUUGAAGACAUUUUUUGAAGAGAGAAGGAAGAGGUUACUUCGCAGAAGAAAAGAUACAAGUUCCCAAUUUUGGCCAAGCCCUAGUUUGUUUGGGCAACUGUGUUGGGUCUUUCUCAUAAUUUCAAAUUGUUGUCUUUCAGACUGCACUCUUGCCCAGCUGACUUGUACUGUGGUGUGACUUUGGUGCAUCUCAGAACCGUUGCCCACUUUCCAAACAGCCGCAUYGGUUGGUAAGAUCCAUCUUUCACAUGCACACAGGGAGGUGAAAUCUUGCAUUCUUCUCUUGGCUUAGAUUCAGUGAAAAACAGAACAGGCCCAGCAAGUCUUUAAGCAAAGCUCUGCCUGCAUAUGAGCAGAAAAAAAAGAUGUCUCUGAUUGGCUAGAAGGAGAAUUCAUAAGGAAAGAAUAAAAAUCAUAGCAGCACCCACAGGAGGUACUGUUCUCCACAAUUAUUGCAGAGCUCUGAUUUUCAAUCUUCUCUUUGUUUCCCUUUGCAGUGGCAGCCCCAUGGCCCUCUUCACCAGAGCCAGCAGCCAUCCUAAUGCCACAGACCCCAUUCCCUGUGGGGCAAACAGCACCACGGAACCUCAGCUGCCCCACUCCCAYGCCUACUAUGCCCUCUGCUACUGCAUCUUGAUUCUGGCCAUCAUCUUUGGCAACGUGCUGGUCUGCCUGGCUGUGCUGAGGGAACGCACCUUGCAAACCACGACCAACUACCUGGUGGUGAGCCUGGCUGUGGCAGAUUUGCUGGUGGCUACCUUGGUGAUGCCAUGGAUGGUGUACCUGGAGGUGACCGGAGGGGUCUGGACAUUCAGCCGGAUCUGCUGCGACAUCUUUGUCACCAUGGAUGUGAUGAUGUGCACGGCCAGCAUUCUGAACCUCUGCGCCAUCAGCAUCGACAGAUACACCGCAGUGGUGAAACCAGUUCAGUACCAGUACAGCACUGGGCAGAGCUCCUGCAGGAGGGUCUCUCUCAUGAUUGUGAUAGUCUGGAUGCUGGCAUUUGCAGUGUCAUGCCCUCUCCUCUUUGGCUUCAACACUACAGGGGACCCCAGUGUCUGUUCCAUAUCCAACCCUAGUUUCAUCAUCUACUCCUCUCUGGUCUCCUUCUACCUCCCCUUCGUGGUGACCCUGCUGCUCUAUGUGCGGAUUUACCUCGUGCUCAGACAGAGGCAAAAGAAGCGAAGCCUCACCCGGCAGGGCAGCCACAGCGCCAGCACCAAACCCUGUUGUGCACACCAAGAAGACAUGGAGAGAAAAGCUUUGCCAAACAGGUGCCAAGGCACGUUUUCCCCGUGUCUGUCACUGAAAUGCACAGGCCAGGAGAUGUCUACAAAAAGGAGGCUGCUGACUGCAUUCAGCCUGCAGCGGUACCGGAGCUUCUGCCAUGAGGCACCCCUCAGCAAGGCAGCAGGGACAGCACAAAACAGCAGCUGGGACGAGAGGAGGACGAGCACAAAGCCAGCAGUGGAGGUGCGGAGGCUCAGCAAUGGCAGAACCAUCAGCAGCGUGAAGYUGGCACAGCAGCAGCCCCGACUGAUCCAGCUGCGGGAGAGGAAGGCUACACAGAUGCUGGCAAUUGUCCUGGGGGCAUUCAUMGUCUGCUGGCUGCCCUUCUUCUUGAUCCACAUCCUCAAUGCCCACUGCCCAUCCUGCCAUGUGCCUCCAGGGCUUUACAGUGCCAGCACCUGGCUGGGAUACGUCAACAGYGCCCUCAACCCCAUCAUCUACACCACCUUCAACACCGACUUCCGCAAGGCCUUCCUCAAGAUCCUGUGCUGCUGACCGCAGGGCUGCACGGCUCUGCAGCAGAGCCUGGGGCUGGGACAAGGUAGGGCCCUUCUCCCUGUGCUCCCCACGCCGGGGGAGUGCCCUGGCUGCGAGCAGCGGUGGUCAGCGUGCUGUGAUCAGUGCUGAGAGCCAGACACCCCUGCACCCCAGUGAAGAGUGGGGACACGGCUCACCCACACGGCUGCCUUCCCUCAGCACUCCUGCCUGAGAGAGAACCAGCGCUUCCCACUUGUGGGAGGGAAGAUGAACGAGACAAGCCAGUGUGUCCCUCAGCGCURGGCACAGCCCUGGGUGUGCAGCAGACAUCACUCCUCGGGACUGCCAGGCUCGCAGGGUGCACAGGACCCAAACACAGAUGGCAUCUCUCAUCUCUGCUGUGCUAGAAAUGCAUUUGCCCUCCCACAGCUUGGCACCUCAGCCUGCAGAAGGCACCCAGCUCAUGCACAGCAGUCCUGGUAAGAGGACAGAACGUGACCUCCUUGAUAAGGAUCCCRAUCUCUUUGAUCAGCAGCCAAGAGCAAAAACUGGACAAGGAAACUUAGAAAAGGAGCACUGGUGGAGAAAUAACAACUUUCCUGUUGUUUCCAUCAAAAGGUUUAACCGUAAAACUGGGUCAGUCGAAGUGCUUGAGAAAAUCACCCUGGUUGCAAAUGAAAUUUUCUCUUGUGCUGCCAGCUUGGGUUGUUUCACUGCUCCUUGCAAGGCAGAGGGGUGGCUGCCCUCCCUCUGGAAGGUCAGCUCACAUGAGCAGUGCAGCACYACCCCGGGGUCCCCUCUCCUCCUGAUCCAAGGACCAGUGAUAAGAUUGGCCACUCUGUAACUACCACACACCCCAGUGAUCUACUGGGGCCACUCAGAGAGCAAGGCCUGUGAUAGCUCCCAGAGAUUCAAGCCUGUUUUUUCAGCUGGUUGCAUGCACCCUUGUUCAAAACUUGUCCGCAGUCUUUUUGGAACCAAUCUGCACCCGUGCUCCUCUCCUGACAGGAGCACUGCUAGAUUUAGGGUUUGUAGCAUCUGGGUACUGCAAUGACUGCUGUUACAGCCCUUACCUAGGGGACAGCUGUUUCAUAACAUCCCUCCCAGUAAGAAGGGACAUUUCCCUUGGAGUCAGUCCCUGACAUCCCUUGUCAAUACUCCUGGCCUCACAUAUGGCAUCUGUAUAUCCCAGCAUCCAGGAGCUGGCCAAAUACAGCCCAGCCACGGUCUCCUUUCUCAACAGUAUUCCACAAAGCCAUCUCCAGCAGUUCCUGGAUGAAAAAACAGACAAGUCCUGAUGWACCAUGUAAGCUGGUCUCAUGUCAGGGCACCCUAAUGCUCUUCCCCUCAUACAGACAAACAUGGCAUGGGUCAGAGAGCUUCAACACAGUUCUGUCCUUUUGUCCCCUCACUGUACUGGAUCAGAGGCUUCAGSUCUCCCUCCCAGGACUUGGCUUAGUCGUGCUGUCAGCCAUGCUCGUUUGAUAGCUUUGGGCAUAACUCUGUGUGCUGUUCCUGCUUGUGUCCAUGYCACUGUGUCCAAGGCUUCCUCUUUUUCCUAAUACAAAGCCAAGGCUGUUGUUCUCUGYCUGCAGAGCACAUAGCAGAGCUCCAGCUGCUGCUUUGGUUUGUCUGAGUUUUGGGAUGAGGAUCUUGAGGAGAGCAUGUGUCAUUUGCCURGGGAAGUGACCUCCAUACUGCAUUGUAACUGCAUUAGCCCAAUAAAACACAAGUGU